AUGGCACAACUAUCAUCACAGGGAAAUAAUGCUAUCAUAUAUUUAAGUUAUGCAUUUAUGUUAGCUACAGGCUUGUUCUUGGCUUGGAAGUUUUCUUCAAACAAAGAUUUCUUAUCAUCGAAUGGAACCCAGCGAGGAAUCCCUUUGGCAUUAAAUUUUGUGGCAUCAGCCAUGGGAGUUGGUAUUAUCACUACAUAUGCUCAAAUUGCUAAUAUUGCUGGGUUGCAUGGGUUACUAGUUUACACCAUAUGUGGAGCUAUUCCUAUUGUGGGAUUUGCGGUGGUGGGUCCUGUAAUUCGUCGUAAAUGUCCUGAUGGGUUUAUUUUGACCGAAUGGGUUAGACACCGAUUUGGAAUGGUUACAGCAUUGUACUUGUCGGCUUUCACAUGUUUGACAAUGUUUUUGUUCAUGGUGGGUGAGUUAUCUGCCAUCAGAUCGGCAAUAGAAACUUUGACAGGGUUGAAUGCCUUAGGUGCUGUUAUUGUCGAAUGUGUGGUGACAACUAUCUACACAUUUUUUGGUGGUUUCCGUGUUAGUUUUAUAACAGAUAACUUUCAAGGUGUUUGUGUAUUGCUUUUGUUGAUCAUCUGUGCUGCUGGAAUGGGUAGUUACAUUGAAAUCGAUACUUCCAAAAUAGGACCAAGUGGGUUGUUGAAGGCAAACAAGUUGGGAUGGCAGUUGGUCUACAUCUUAUUUGUUGCCAUUGUGACAAACGAUUGCUUUAUGUCUGGGUUUUGGUUGAGAACUUUUGCCAGUAAGACCGAUAAAGAUUUAUGGAUUGGAACCUCCAUUGCUGCUUUCGUUACUUUUGCCAUUUGCACAUUGAUUGGUACUACUGGGUUUCUUGCUGUUUGGUCUGGAGAUUUGAUAGUAGGCGAUGAAAAUGGAUACGAUGCAUUUUUUAUCCUUUUGAGCAAGAUGCCAAGAUGGUUGGUGGCAUUUGUGCUCAUCUUUUGCAUAGUAUUAUCGACGUGUACGUUUGAUUCCUUGCAAUCAGCUAUGGUCUCGACCAUCUCCAAUGAUGUUUUUAGAAACAAAUUGCACAUCAACUAUGUGAGAAUAAUGUUGAUUUUGAUAAUGGUUCCGAUUGUUGUGUUGGCUGUGAAAGUUGCCGAUAACAUUUUACAAAUUUACUUAAUUGCAGAUCUUGUUUCAGCUGCUAUUAUCCCGUCUGUGUUUUUGGGAUUGGCUGAUACUUGGUUCUGGUAUUUGAGAGGAUUUGACGUCAUGGCUGGUGGAUUAGGUGCAUUGCUUGGUGUUUUCAUUUUUGGCACAGUUUAUUAUCACAGUGCUCGAGAAGGUGGUAAAUUGUUGUUGAUUUGGAAUGGUCUUUAUGAUUCGAGUGAUUGGGGACCUUUUGGUGCCUUUGUUAUUGCUCCUGUUGGUGGGGUGAUUAUCACAUUGGCUUCAGCUGCUUUAAGAAUUGCUGUGCUAUAUGCUUACAGUAAGGUUACAGGAAAGGAAUUCACUGCCUUGGAUAAACCUGUUACAGUUGAAGUUGAGAACCAAGACCAUACCUACGGGUCCAUUGACGAUGAUGAAUCAGAUACUAAAAAGGUGGUCUAA